CUCAUGUCGGUCUCUCUUUUCUGAGAGUGUCGCCAUCCUUUGAUCUCUGAGUUGGGCUGCACUGGAUCUUGCUGUCUGCUCUUAACAGAUCUUCCGCCUUAGACAUAUAAAUCCAGCUCCCCCGGCUUUCAAAAAACAAUGUCUCGUCUUCCAAGAAGCUAUACCCCCUCCAGAUCUCCCACAAAGCCUCGUCAAAAAGAGUCCUUGGUCAAAAUAGCAACAAUGGAUAGAGUCGUGAUCAAGGAAGCCGACAUGGCAUUCCUCGUCGCUGCGAUCCAGAAUUCGGUGGGUACAAUCCAGGUGGACGCGGAAGGCAUGGCAAGGCAGCUCGGCAUGAGCUUGUCGACUAUCCCACCAAAGUUCUCAGCUCUCCGCAGGAAGUACCAUAUUGAUAUCAAGGUGCUCAACUCGGGCGCCCUUCAACGCAACAGAGCCAACACGCCCAAGAAGGCCAAGGUCAGAAGCACACCAGAGCUCGACAAGGCUGGAGACACUCCGUCGUGUGAGGAAGAGUCACCCGUGCCAGAGACAGGAUAUACCCAGCAGCCUGCUCAGGCCCAACACUAUCCUGGCUCAACCCAUGAAGGACCCACGGGCUUCCUCUAAGAGGCCCUUAUCAAGCAAUGGUCAUAUUCAAGAAUCGUCUCGUUUUGGCCGUCCCGAGCAAUGGACUGUGUCUAACUUGUCCCAUGGGUUCCACAAACCUCCAUGCCAGAAUGCUGGAUGCGUACGAGACAAAUGUGUAAGGGGCGUUGGAAUGAUAUGAUCUGGGGGGAAAUCAUUUGGAACAGAGCCUGGGAAUGACGAGUGCUGGUUGAUAGCUUGGUACAUAGAAAAAUUUGAUCUCUCCCACUCGUUGAGUGACCACAUGUCAACCAAACGAAGAUGACAUGCU